AUGUUGCAGCAGCUGCUCCAAGGACAACAGCUCCAAGGGAAAGCUCUGAACCAGGUUACUACCGAGAUCGAUACCAGAAUGAACCAUAUGUUUGGAGAUUUAAGCACCAAGUACGAUAAUGUCGCGAGCCAUAUGAGACAGAUGGACAUUCAAAUAGCUCAGACUGCUGAGAGCGUCAAAAGGCAGCAAGGUACUUUACCUGGUAAAACAGACAAAAAUCUUAAGGAGUGCAAUGCAGUUCAACUGAGGAGCGGAAAGCAACUUUUCGAUCCGGGGAAGAGGAGGUUCACCACGGCUGAGAAAGGGAAGCAAAAAGAGUCGGAACAACUACCAGCCAAUACCCCAGCAGUUGAGAGGAAUACAGAACCAGCAGUUGGAACAAGUUCGCCAGGGCCAGAACAACCAGCUGAAGCUGUUCGCCCGAUCCCAGAGGUUGUUCCUCCUCGCGAAUACAUUCCUAAAGUCCCUUACCUUGUUCCAGCAAAGGCCACUCGUAAGGAUAGAGAGGAGAUAAAGUGCAGGAAGAUGCUGGAGGACCUAACCGUCCGACUCCCCUUGAUGGAUGCGAUACAGAUGAUGCCCUCCAUGCGCAGCUUUAUGAAGGGAUUGAUCUCAGGAAAAAUAUCAGAGGAGAGCGAAUUUAUGACAGUUUCCAAGGAGUGCAGCGCAGUGCUUCAGAACAGGCAGAUAAAGAAGCAAGGAGAUCCCGGCAAGUUUGUCCUCUCUAUCCAUAUUGGGAAGACAGUUUUGGCAUGCUCCUUGGUUGAUCUUGGAUCCAGCGUGAACCUCAUGCCUUACUCUGUAGCACGACGUCUAGGAUACACAAAUUUCAAACCAACUAAGAUAUCUUUAGUGUUCGCAGAUAGAUCAGUCAAAUCCCCAGUUGGUAUACUAGAGGAUCUCCAAGUAAAAGUCGGAAACACCUCUGUUCCAGCAGACUUCUUUGUUCUGGAGCUGGAAGAAGAGUCUAAAGAUCCUCUCAUCUUGGGAAGACCAUUCCUAUGUACUGUUGGAGCCAUCAUUGAUGUGCGACAAGGGAAGAUUGAUCUGAAUCUUGGGGACAUAGUCAUGCAAUUCGAGAUGGAUGAACUACUAAAAAAGCCGAUGUUAGAUGGGCAGACCUUUGAGGUUGAUGAAGGGAUUGACCCGCUGCAACCUCGCGAAGGAAUGAUCGAGGAGAUUCUUACAGAAGACCCACUUGAGCUUGCACUAGUAAGAGCUGAGGCCAAGCAGAGUGUCGUAAACAUUGAUGCAGACGGGUAUGCCAAGAUGCUUGAUUCCACAAGGAGUAUGGGAAAAAUGGUAGCGAGUCUAAGUCUGGGGGAGGCAAGCAACAGGGACGAGAACACUCCGGCUAGAGCGACCCCUACACCGAACUUGCCUGUUCCGCCGAACCAACCAGAUGAUCCCUGGAGCGAGCUUAAAGCUCCCAAGGUUGAGCUAAAACCCCUUCCCAAGGGGCUCAGGUACGCUUUCUUAGGUCCGAAUUCGACCUAUCCUGUCAUUGUGAACACUGAACUAAAUAAUGUGGAAACUGCAUUGCUUUUGUGUGAGCUUAGGAAAUAUCGUUUAUUUCAGAUCCCUAUCCAUCCAGACGAUCAGGAAAAAACGACGUUCACCUGCCCCUAUGGAACGUACGCUUACAGGAGAAUGGCAUUCGGCUUGUGCAAUGCGCCAACAACAUUUCUGCGCUGCAUGAUGUCAAUCUUUACUGACCUGAUUGAAGACAUUAUGGAGGUUUUCAUGGACGAUUUCAGCGUCUAUGGAAGCCCCAUUAGUGUCUGUUUGUCUAACUUGUGCAGGGUACUAAAAAGGGAUGGGAUUGUUCUGGGGCACAAGAUCUCCGAGAAAGGCAUUAAGGUGGAUAAGGCAAAGAUCGAGGUGAUGAUGAGCUUGCAACCACCAACAACUGUGAAAGCUAUCAGGAGUUUCUUGGGUCACGCAGGGUUUUACAGAAGGUUCAUCCAGGACUUCUCAAGGAUAGCGAGACCACUCACCAGACUGCUCUGCAAGGAGAUUAAGUUUGAUUUCGACAGUGAGUGCUUAGCUGCGUUCCAUACCAUCAAAAGAGCCCUAGUCAGCGCGCCUGUAGUACAACCGCCAGACUGGGAUCUCCCUUUUGAAAUCAUGACUGAUGCCAGCGAUUUUGCAGUUGGAGCAGUCCUUGGGCAGCGCAAAGAUAAGAAACUUCAUGUAAUCUAUUACGCAAGCAAAACCAUGGAUGAAGCUCAAUGCAGAUACGCUACGACUGAGAAGGAACUUCUGGCUAUUGUUUUUGCAUUCGAAAAGUUCAGAUCCUACCUGGUGGGAUCUAAGGUGAUUGUGCACACCGACCAUGCUGCUCUUAAGUACCUGCUCACAAAGAAAGAUGCAAAGCCGAGGUGUUGA